AUGUCUAUUAACGAAGAUAUUCCAGCGAUUUUUCUUGCCCAAUUGAGUCCUCGGGGCUUGGAAGCGAUCCAGAAAACAAAGGAUUUUGUCAAUGACUACUGUAUUCCAGCUGACAAAGUGUACUACCAGCAGCUCUCUGACGAUCCAGCAAAGAGAUGGGCACUGACGCCUGAAGUGACUGAAAAACUCAAGAAGAAGGCUAAGGAGUUGGGUCUUUGGAACAUGUUUCUUUCCAAACACUAUGCUGAGGGAGGUGGCUUCACUAACUUGGAGUACGGCUUGAUGGCUAUGUACUUGGGUAGAGCCCAUGUGGCACCAGAAGCUACGAAUACCAAUGCUCCUGACACGGGUAACAUGGAGAUUUUGGCCAGGUACGGUACUCCUUACCAGAAGGAUAAAUGGUUGAAACCUUUGCUUAAUGGUGACAUCAGAUCGGCUUUCUUGAUGACUGAGAAGGGAACGUCUUCCUCGAAUGCGUUGAACAUUGCUACUUCAGCUAAGAAGAACGCCAACGGGAACCUCGUUUUGAACGGUUUCAAGUGGUUUGCCUCGGGCGCCGGUGAUCCAAGAUGCGCUGUUUGGCUUGUCAUGUGUAAGACCGCUGACGACAAGAAGAAGCCUUACCAGAACCACUCGGUUUUGGUGAUUGACGCUAAGAAAGCCAUUGCUACUGGCAGAGUCAAGGUUUUGAGACCACUUAAUGUCUUUGGCUAUGAUGACGCUCCUCAUGGCCAUUGCGAGGUGGUGUUCGAUAACUACGAGGUUCUGUCCGAGGACAUGAAGAACAUUUACUUGGCUAAGGACGGUAUGGGCUUUGAAAUUAUUCAGUCGAGAUUGGGCCCUGGCAGAAUCCACCAUUGUAUGAGAAGUAUCGGUGUUGGUGAAUUCGCUCUUUCAAGAGUGGCUCAGCGUGCUAGCAAAAGACUUAUUUUCGGUAAGCCUAUGAAAGACCGUGAAUCCUUCCAAGUGGCAUUCGCCGAACACAAAAUUGCCAUUGAGCGUUGCAGAUUGUUAGUGCUCAAUGCUGCCCAUAAGAUUGAUCUUGGAAAUGCUAAACUGGCACAACGAGAGAUCGCUAUGGCCAAGAUCGAUACCCCCAGAACCGUUCUUCACAUAUUGGACUGGUGUAUCCAAAUGUUUGGUGCUGAAGGUGUUUCCCAGGACACUGAAUUGGCCAGAAUGUACGCUAUGACCAGAACUCUUAGGAUUGCAGAUGGUCCAGACGAAGCACACUUGGGUCAAUUGGGUAGAGCUGAGGUGAAGAAGUUCCCAGCCAUUGAGAAGCUCUUUGAGGACUACGAGCGCAAUGUCGGCAGAGUGUCCAAAUUAUAA